AUGGCCCGCAAGAUCAACUGGGCCGGCGUCGGGCUCUCGGUCAUCACGGGCACGAGCCUCGCCGCCGUGAGCAUCAUGGCGUACUUUCGCUUUGAGUUUCCCGAGCAGUUUGCCGAGGGCAGCGUGCGCCAGUCGCGCCCCGAGGCGUGGACCGACGAAGAGCGCCAGUGGGGCGCCUUUGGCUCGGGCCUCGCCGACGCCAUCCCGUCCGCCGUCACCAACGUCUUUCGCUUCGAGAACGUCGCCGAGCGCAUCGAAGCUCGCCGCGCCAAGCGGCGUCAAGAGAUCCAGGACAUCAUUAACCAGAAGGAUUAG